GAAGUCAAUGAAAGAAGUGAAAAAUGAUUCGUUAGUUGUUCGUUUUCUCGAAAUCUAAAGGCACAACCUAGAUUCGAGACAAUGUCUUAAGUAGUUAAACAUGUUAUUACUCCAACCUCGUGAUAGUGACAAACAGCCACGUUUUCAUUUUCGUCAAAAUGAAUUGACGGACUGUACAUGCGCAUUUGGGCGCGAGCCGACCAUUAGACCCGUAAUGACAUGUUUCUACGCAUGAAUUUAGCUUGCCAACAAGUGUGAUCGGGGAUUUCUUUUGGAGAAGCAGUUUCUACCUAUCUUACUGUACGGUGUUUGACCUAGCUGCUCAGCUAACUAGAUGCAACGUUGUUCCAAGCAACCGCUAGCGUGGCACCUCAUGCCAUUUCGAAGGAAUUAAAACACAUUCUUCUGCACUCAUGUUUUGACUUCAGCGAUGGAGGCUUGACCUCUCCUGAUUUGCAUUUAUCAACAAUUUCUGGAAACACAAAUUACGGAUUUAAUUUGAAUUAGCUACGUGAAUUUUCGCUUGUUUUUGUACGGGCCCGAAACACAGUUUAUGUUCUUGGCUGAGGCUCAAAAUAAGUCCGUCGUCAUUAAAAUGAACACAGUUGUCCCAGAAAAGAAAAGCAGGGUGAGCUCGGAGCGGAGGAAGGAGAAGUCCCGGGAUGCAGCGCGAUACCGGAGGGGGAAGGAGUCGGAGGUGUUCUACGAGCUGGCCCAGGAGCUGCCCCUGCCCCACAGUGUCACCUCCAACCUAGACAAGGCUUCUAUCAUGAGACUGGCCAUCAGCUACCUGCACAUGAGGAAACUGCUGAGCACAGAAGAUAAGGCAGUAGAGAAGGAGCAGGAGGAGAGUGAGAUGGACUCCCAGCUGAAUGGCUCCUAUCUGAAGGCUCUGGAGGGCUUCCUCAUGGUGCUGUCUAAAGACGGGGACAUGAUCUAUCUCUCUGAAAAUGUCAACAAGUGCUUGGGUCUGGCACAGUUUGACCUGACAGGACUUAGUGUGUUUGAGUACACACACCCCUGUGACCAUGAGGAGCUAAGGGAGAUCCUGGUACACAGAACAGGGACCUCUAAAAACUCCAAGGGACCAAACACAGAGCGCAGCUUCUUCCUGCGGAUGAAAUGUACCCUCACCAGCAGGGGGCGCACUGUCAAUGUCAAAUCAUCCACUUGGAAGGUUCUCCACUGCUCAGGCCAUGUGCGAGUCCAUGAAGCCCCAACUGAGCAGAGCCCCAUUGGGCACAAGGAGCAGCCCGUCUCAUACCUGGUGCUAGUCUGUGACCCCAUCCCCCACCCCUCCAACAUCGAGGCGCCAUUGGACACCAAGACCUUCCUCAGCCGCCACACACUGGACAUGAAGUUCACCUAUUGUGACGAGAGGAUCACUGAGCUGAUGGGCUAUGAUCCAGAGGACCUGAUAAAUCGCUCUGUGUAUGAGUACUACCAUGCCUUGGACGCAGACUACCUCACUAAGAUUCAUCACAACUUGUUUGUUAAGGGCCAGGUGAGCACAGGCCAGUACCGCAUGCUGGCUAAGAUAGGUGGCUUUGUGUGGGUGGAGACUCAGGCCACUGUUAUCUACAACAACAAGAACUCCCAGCCCCAGUGUGUUGUCUCUGUCAACUUUGUGCUCAGUGGCAUUGAGGAGGAGAAGAUGGUGCUGUCUCUAGAGCAGACUGAGGACAUGAGGUCUGUAAAGAAGGAGCUGGUGGAGGAGGAAGAGGACGAGGGCUCAGAGGCAGAGGUGUCCCCUGUGCUCCUGAAGGAGGAGAAGGUGGAUGUGAUUAAGCUGUUCACCCAGGCAAUGGAGGCCCAGCCGCUGGCGAGCCUGUAUGACAGAUUGAAGGAGGAACCAGAGGCCCUCACCCUUCUGGCCCCGGCCGCAGGAGACACCAUCAUCUCCCUGGACUUCAGCAGCCCCGACUCUGACAUCCUGCUGAAGGAGGUGCCUCUCUACAACGAUGUGAUGCUGCCCUCCACCAGUGACAAGCUGGCCCUGCCUCACUCUAUGCUGCCCCCCAAUGAGCAGCCCCUGAUCCCCAGUGCCUCAGUGGACACCAAGGCAGGUCCAGACUCCUUCAGCACCCCAGGCAGCCACAGCUCAACUGAGCCUGACAGCCCGCUGAACUUCUGUUUUCCAAUGGACUCUGACAUCAGUGCUGCGCUGAAACUGGACCUGGUGGAAAGACUGUUUGCCAUCGACACAGAACCCAAGACACCUUUCACCUCACAGGGCAUGGAGGAUCUGGACCUGGAGAUGUUGGCUCCAUACAUCCCCAUGGAUGAUGACUUCCAGCUGCGCACCCUGUCCCCAGAGGAGCCCCCAACGUGUGGCCCAGCCCAGCCCCUGGAGAGCUCUCCUCUGCACCUCACCCAGGAUGUCCACAGCUACACUGAUUCCCCCUUUAGUGCCCCAAGAAGCCGGACAGCUUCCCCAGCCCCGGAGCUGGCAGCUAGCCCUUGCCCUGCCUCCUUACUCACCAUGAGGGCGCCUCAGAUGGACAGAGAGAUGUCCCUCAGGACACUGGCCACCCAGAACUCACAGCGCAAGAGAAAGUUGUCUCUGUCUCAUGCUGUCGGAAUAGUAAAUGGGGCAUUGCUCCAGGACCCUCCUGGGCCAGGUAAACAGCUCAAGGUGUCUGAGCUGGGCAGCUCUGAGGCUCCCUCCAACAGGACCAUACUGCUCCUACCUACAGACCUGGCAAGCUGCCUGCUUGGCAUCUCCUCGGAGGGCAGCGGCUCACCCUUCACCCUUCCACAGCUGACCCGGUAUGACUGUGAGGUUAAUGCCCCCGUGGUGGGUCGCCAGCACCUGCUGCAGGGCGAGGAUCUGCUGUGUGCCCUGGACCAAGUCAACUGAGUCAACGCUUAGCCUGCCCCCUGCUGGACCAGACUAGACACUUCAACUUCUCACUCCCUGUUCCCACCCACUGCCACUUUAUUUGUCUCUGUGUGAGUUUGAUAUUAUGCUUUGGCUGCCGUCUGCAUCCACCAAGUGAUCUCUGCAGCGUUCCACAUUGAUGAACGUCAUACAGAGUUGGUGUAAGGGAUGUGGUAGUGUUAGCAGGUAGAGGCACGUAAUUGUUUCUUUCUCGGGAGUCUAACAGCACACAUAUGGCACCUCCAUGGAUGGCUCUGUUGCCUGGUCUCCAUGGAAACCGGCGGCGCUACUGCCAGCAGUGUAUUGUAAGCUUUAAUCGCACAGUUUAUAUUUAAAAAAUAAUAAUAAUUCCGAUUACCAGCAAUAUAUAUAUUACGGCUUUUUAAAAGUUGUUCUAAUGGAAUUUCAACCAUUUUAUUGAACUUUUCCCUCUGUAUUCUUAUGUCGUGUACAACGAUAGUAUAUGGUCCAGAAGGCUGAGUUCAUUGUUUCAUUGGAUGUUAUAUCCCCAUUACUGGUUACCAGUAUUUUAGGCAUAAGUGUGUGUUUGUUACUGUGCAUUGACCUUGGGAACUUUCCAAGAUGUCUUAAAGCCUUGUCAUGAGUAAUAAAAUACAUGUGGAAAGGUAUAAUUGGAACUAAAUCCAGUGUUUGUUUUUAACAAUGGAGGAUUCGUCACUCAGCUUGAUCAUGUAUUUCAUAUUUUUAGUUGAGACUCAAACACUUCAUUUAGAAUUUAGUGACGUGUGUCAUAUGAUCAUCAUUUUACCAGUAUAGUUAUCUCAUCAUUAGUAGCAAGCAAGUGUUAUGCUUGCAUGUUUUUUCUCUCUUUUUUUUGUCUGUUUUAUGGCAUUGGUCCACAUACUGUAGUGUUGUCAUGCUUCCUGUUGCUGUGUAAAAUAAAACUGAAUUAUUAUUUUUUUGCCUUGUUUAAAACAUAUAUACACUGCUCAAAAAAAUAAAGGGAACACUAAAAUAACA